UCGUUCACUCGAAUGCUCGUCAAUCAGAAUUGGAUGCUCUUUCCAAAAGCGAUACCCCAACCCAAUACAUAUCGAUACCCCGGUCCUGAAGUGGUAGAACAAUCAUCUCCCAGACCGCGCGAUGGCCUUAUCCUCCUCGCGAGCGCCGCUGCUGCCAUUGUUAUGCUUGCUACUAACAGUUGUAGCUGCCGCCAAACACCCGAAGCAGGAGAAGCCUACUCCGGCGGCGUUGGCGCCCGUCGUCACACUUGAAGGCUGCCCCGACAAGUGCGGCAACGUCAGCAUCCCCUACCCUUUCGGCACCAAGGACGGAUGCUUCCGCCCAGGCUUCUUCGUCGUGUGCAACGACACCUUCGAUCCCCCUCGCCCCUUCAUCAACUCCAGCCUCGCGCUCGGCACCGACGACACGAGGACGCAGAUCGUCGUCGAGGACCUGUACUACCUGACCGCCGAGGACGGCAUGCCGGAGACGACACCGACAAGGUCCGCGUGGCCGAUCGAGCUCGCCGGCGUGUCUCUCUCGGACGCGAAAGCGCGGCUGCUGGGCGCCUUCAGCUACGAGUGCAGGCUGAACGAGACGCACCACUCGGUGCGGCGGCAGAGGAUCAACUUCGGCGUCUACCGCUCGCCCUUCCUCCUGUCGGACGCCGACAACGUGCUCAUGGGAAUCGGCAGCAACGUCGUCGCCGAGCAGACCACCGGUCCGCUGUGCCAGUCCUACCUCAACCUGAUAUCCUUGUCGGACGGCCCCGUCAACGGGUCGUGCUCUGGGCAGGGCUGCUGCCAAGCCAACCUACCCCCCGUCCGCUCUGACAGCACGGUGACCAUCCAGAAGGGCACCAUGUACGAGGACGGUGGCUACGGCGGCGGCGGCGGCGGCCGCGUCGACUGCUCCUACGCCAUGAUCGUGGAGAAGGCGUGGUACAACUUCUCGUCGGUGGACCUCGACAGCGACGCGUUCCUGCGGAGGAACGCCGCCGGGGUCGUCCCCGUUGUCGCGGACUUCACCAUAGACGGAGGUGGAUGUCCCGACGCCGGCGAGCCGACGCCCAAGGACUUCGCCUGCAUAAGCGACAACAGCAAGUGCGUGGACCGGCUGGUCUACGACAAUUCCAGGGGGCACUACUGCAGUUGCUCCGUUGGGUACCAAGGGAAUCCAUACAUCCAUGGAGGAUGCCAAGACAUUGAUGAGUGCGCUCGGCCAGACCUGUAUCCCUGCCACGGGAAAUGCAAGAACACGCCAGGUGAUUACGAAUGUAGCUGUCCAGCCGGAAAGAGAGGAAAUGCAAAACAAGCGCCGUGCACCGACUUGUUUUCUCUGCCUGCCAAGAUUUCCGUAGGUGUGGUAGGUGGCCUUUUCAUAGCAGCGCUACUGGUGUUCAUCAUCCUAAUCCGCAACGAGAAGAGGAAGAUGGCCGAAUUUUUCGAGAAAAACGGAGGCCCUACAUUAGAGAAGGCGAAGAACAUAAAGAUCUACAAGAAGGAGGAGCUGAAGCCAAUCCUGAGGCGAAGCAAUUUCAUCGGAAGAGGUGCCUUCGGUGAAGUUUACAAGGGAGACCUCGACGGCCAAUCAGUUGCAGUAAAGAAGCCAGUUGAUGACAGUGACGGCGUGCACAAUGACCAGUUCGCCAACGAAGUCAUCAUCCAGUCACGGGUGAACCACAAGAACAUCGUGAGGCUGAUAGGCUGUUGCCUAGAAGUCGACAAGCCAAUGCUCGUGUAUGAGUUCCUCUCCAAAGGCAGCCUCGACGAUGUUCUUCAUGGAAGCAGACGUGAUCCACUGAACUUGAAAUGCCGUCUGGACAUUGCUGCAGAGUCCGCAGAAGGCCUAGCCUAUCUGCAUUCGAAAACAACAAACGUCAUCUUACACGGCGAUGUGAAACCAGCUAAUAUACUUUUGGAUGAGGACUGGACACCGAAGAUCUCUGACUUUGGUAUAUCGAGGCUGAUUGUGAAAGAUAAACAGCACACGGAUUUUGUCAUUGGCGACAGGAGUUACAUGGAUCCAGUGUAUCUACGAGACGGGCUACUCACUGAUAGAAGCGAUGUCUAUAGUUUCGGAGUUGUGAUCUUGGAGCUCAUAAGCAGGAAGAAGGCCACCUAUUCUGGCAAUAAUAGUCUGGUAAGGGAAUUUCUCGAUGCUCACAAAGGUAAAAUGGAAGCGACCAAGUUAUUUGAUGAGGAAAUUGCCAAGCCAGAAGUUUCAGAUCUUCUUAAUAGUCUCUAUGAGAUUGCAGUGCGUUGUCUGAAUCUUGAUGUGGAUGAAAGGCCAAGCAUGACAGAAGUAGCAGAGAGUAUUCUGAUGCUGAAGAGAUCCUGGAGCAAUACAUUGACAAAAACGUCGUCAGCCAGUUGAUAAAGAUUGAUAUAUGUUAUAGCGUGCAUGUGACUGUACUGUCUUUGUGGAAUCUGGUAACAAGUAACUACUAGUUAGUAUGCCAGAUGAUUAAUAUAUGUUAUAGUGUAAUUCAUGUUUGUGGAACAAGGUAAGCGACUAUUGGUGUGAUUGUGUAUGCAUCUACUAUUUAAACAAACUUUGCUGAUUAAACUAUGGAGAUCUCACCCUUUGUUUA